AUGGCAAGUCCUGCCUGGGGAUAUGAUGGUGAAAAUGGUCCUGAACACUGGGACAAGCUGUACCCCAUCGCAAAUGGAAAUAACCAAUCUCCUAUCGACAUUAAAACCAGUGAAACCAAACAUGAUGCGUCUCUGAAACCUGUCAGUGUCUCCUACAACCCAGCUACAGCCAAAGAAAUCGUCAACGUGGGACAUUCCUUUCAUGUAAACUUUGAGGACAGCGAUAACAGAUCGGUGCUGAACGGUGGUCCUCUGUGUGAAAGCUACAGGCUGCGUCAGUUCCAUUUUCACUGGGGCACCACAGAUGACUAUGGCUCUGAGCACUUAGUGGAUGGAGCCAAAUUUUCUGCAGAGCUUCAUUUAGUUCACUGGAAUUCUGCCAAGUACCCCAGCUUUGCUGAUGCUGCCUCACAGGCUGAUGGUUUGGCGAUUAUUGGUGUUUUGGUGAAGGUGGGUCAGGCCAACCCAAAUCUGCAGAAAGUACUUGAUGCCCUACAAGCAAUUAAAACUAAGAACAAGCAAGCCCCAUUCACAAAUUUCGACCCCUCUGUCCUCCUGCCUUCAUCCCCAGAAUACUGGACCUACUUUGGUUCACUGACUCACCCUCCGCUUCACGACAGUGUCACCUGGAUCAUCUUUAAAGACCACAUCAGCGUGAGCUCAGAACAGCUGGCGCAGUUCCGCAGUCUGCUAGCAAGCGCUGAAGGUGAUCGAGAAGUCCCCAUCAAGUGCAACAACCGGCCGCCCCAGCCUCUGAAGGGCAGAACAGUGAGAGCUUCAUGCUGA